UGUACAAAAAUCCACACCAAGAAGAACUGAACAAACUAUGGCUACUUCCCUUCUCGCUUUCGCGUCUCUACUACUACUAGUUGUGCUCUCCAACCCCGAUCUUGCCACAUCCGUCCGCAUUGCCGGAUCCUGCCACGCCAGCGGCUACUUGCCCGGCAAGUCGGGCAACUGCAACCGCGAGAACUACUCUGACUGCUGCGAAGACGGCAAGAAGUACCCACAGUACCGCUGCUCCCCUCCCGUCACCGUCGAAACUCCCGCGACCAUGACGUUGAACAGCUUCGCUAAGGGCGGGGACGGCGGGGGACCGUCGGAGUGCGACAACAAGUAUCAUCCAGAUGACGAAAAGGUGGUCGCGUUGUCGACCGGGUGGUUCGACGGGAUGACCCGAUGCCUGAAGAAUAUUAGGAUAAAUGCGAACGGGAACUCCGUGCUCGCGAAGGUCGUCGAUGAGUGUGACUCCGUGAACGGGUGCGACAAAGACCACGACUUCCAGCCGCCGUGCGCGAAUAACAUCGUGGACGCUUCGCCGGCCGUGUGGAAGGCGCUGGGGAUCCCGAAAAUGGUCGGAGAGUACAGCAUCACCUGGUCGGACGCCUGAUUGAUCGGUUGAUUGAGUUGCAUCGACGUGCACUCUUGUGCAUGCACUUUGAUGCACAAGAGUGCACGUAAUAUAAUUCGUAAACUUUGUUAUUUGCAUUACGUUGAGCUUAAUUAGUCGUUGCUUAUGUACGUACGAGUGUGGUGUGUUGUAUUAAUUUGUUGUCACUGUA